AUGUCGCAGGAAGAACCUCUUCUAUAAAAUAGAAAUUCUCGGCCUCCAGGAUUGAUAUCGCGAAGUUUAUUUCUUUAUGUUUUCCCUUUACUACGAUUGGCUAAUAAAACUCCUUUGGAAUUCGAAAUGAUAAAGGACCUAGAGAUAGAUGAUUAAGGAGAAUCUUUAUUUAAAAGAAUGAAUUAAACAUUUUAAGUUUACAAACAUGAUAGAUUUGCACUUUACAAAUCUCUAUUUAUAACUUUUAAAAAACAAUUUGUUAUAGUGUAUAUCAUAAUCUUAAUUUGGAACAUUUCUUUAAUGUAUGGUCCUAUAAUGAUUCGGUAAACUCUAUCUUAUAUCGACUAUUCCGAACAUACAAUAGGCAAAGGAUUCCAAUGGUUGGGAAUAAUUAUAGUUGUAAGAGUUUUUAAUGCAAUUUCGUAUUAAAAUAGUUUCUAUAUGUUGAGAAAACUAGGUUAUGAUUAGCAUACAGCAGUUAGUGUAUCUAUAAUGAAGAAAACUCUGAAUGUGUCUUUUUAAAGCAACAAGUAAUACAAAACAGGUGAAAUAAUGAAUAUAAUGCAGGUUGACUUAUAAAGAAUACUGUAACUAAAUAUGGCAAUAGCUUCAGUGUUGUUUUUGCCAUUUUAAAUUGGGAUAUCCUUUUAUUUGCUAUUUGAUUUUAUUGGUGUUUCAUGUCUGGCCGGUUUGGGUAUCAUGAUUUUGGGAUUGCUCACUAAUUUUUUACUAGGAAGAUGGGGUUGGAGAAUUUAGAAACAAGUAAUGGUUGCAAAGGAUAAUAGAACAAAACAAGCACAUGAAAUAUUUUCUUAAAUUAAAUUCAUUAAAGCAAAUGCUUUCGAAGAAUAUUUUAAAAAUAAGUUAUUGUCAUUUAGAGAGAAGGAGAUCUCCUUAAUUCAUAAAAAGAACAUGGUGAGUGGCUUUUUCAUAUUGGCAUUUUUAAUGACACCAUAAUUAACUUUGAACAUCACUUUAGCUGUAUACGUAUGGCUCUAACAUAAUCUUACGCCUGCAGAAACGUUUUCCAUUAUCAGUUUGUUUAGCAUCUUACAACAGUCAGCAAGUGCAUUGCCUAGCUUCAUUAAUUAAAUCAUAGAAGCAAAUAUCAGUAUAAAGAGAAUAUAGAAUUUUUUAUUGACUGAUGAACUUAUGAAUGAUUGUAUAUACAAUGUAAAUGACAUUCUUGGAAAUUCAAUAGAAAUUGAAGGAACCUUUUACUGGGACAAGGUCAAAAAUAAUUAAUUUCCGAAUAAAUCUACUGACGUUGUCCCUGUGAAUCAAGAGAUAGAACCGAUAUUAAAAAAUAUCAAAUUAAAAAUUGACAUUGGUGAAUUUGUUACAGUCAUUGGAGAUGUUGCAAGUGGCAAAAGUUCAUUAAUAAGUGCUAUUUUAGGGGAAAUGGUUUACAAUUUUUCUAGAUUGCCUCCAGUAAUUAAAAUAAAUGGAAGGAUAGCAUAUGUAAGUUAGAAGAGUUGGAUAUAAAAUGCAACUUUGAAGGAUAAUAUUUUAUUUGGUCUGCCUUAUGAUGAAAAGAGAUAUAGAGAUGCAAUUACAUAUUCUUGUUUGGAAUAAGAUAUCAAGAUUCUAGACAAAGGGGAAGCUACUAUGAUCGGAGAAAAAGGAGUAAAUCUGAGUGGAGGAUAAAAGGCUAGGAUAAGUUUAGCCAGAGCAUUGUAUAGUGAUUGUGAUAUCUAUUUAUUGGAUGAUCUAAUAAGUGCAGUGGAUAUGCAUGUGGGUAAAUUUAUUAUUGAAAAAUGUCUAUGCGAACAUCUUAAUGGAAAAACCAUAGUACUUAUUACUCAUGCUCUUUAUUCCUGUUAGUAUGCAGAUAGAAUCAUUUUAAUGGACAACGGUACAGUAAUUAAAGAAGGCACUCUUGAUGAUGUUAAAGAGUGUGAGAAAUUUGAUUAAAUUUAUUAGAAAUAUUUCAAAGAAUAGAAAAAAGAUGAGAAAGAAGACGAGGAUGAUGAUAUGGAAGUGCUUAAAUUGUAAAAAAAAAAAUCAUCUACACAAAAGAUUAAUAUUACCAAUAAGGAUUAGGUUGAUGAUUUAAUGAUAUUAGAAGAUAGAAAGGUUGGUAGUGUUUAGCUAGAUGUAUACAAAGAAUAUUUUAAAAUGAGUGGAGGAUGGCUAUUCUUUACUUUUAAUCUCAUUAUUGUUAUCAUUCAAGUUUUUGCCAGAUUUGGAUCAUAAAUAUGGUUGGCCUAAUGGUCUGGAUAAGAUGAUCUAACUUAUGAUGAUAACUUACAUAAUCUAAUGAUUUUUUCAUUCUUUUCUUUAAGUUUUGGUUUUUUCGCCUUGAUUCGUAUUCUAACACUCUCUAGAGAAAGUGUCAAUACUGCAAACAAAAUACACACAAGAAUGAUUGAAUCAUUACUUUAUGCACCACUCUGUUAAUUUUUUGAAAGGAUCCCAUUAGGUGUAUUGAUGAAUCGAUUAACUAAAGAUUAAUCAGUUCUAGACACAGAAAUUCUAUGGACUAUAUCCAUUCUAUAUAUCAGCUGCUUAAACUUUUUAGCAAGCACUCUAAUCAAUGUAUUUAGUAGUUCUUAUUACAUUGUUUUGCCAGUAUUGAUAUUUUUAUAUGCAGUAUGGAAAGUCUAAAGAUUCUAUAUGGCUGCAAAUAGGGAACUGUAUAGAUUGGAAUCAAUAAGCAAAAGUCCCAUUCUUAGUUUCUUCUCGGAAACAGUGAAUGGGUUAAAUAUCAUAAGGGCUUUCACAAAGCAAGAGCAGUUUUUAGAUAGACACACUAAAAACAUUGAUUUGAACAGGAAAAUACAAAUAGCUUAAUUAUAGACAACUACAUGGUUUUCAAUGAAUUUAACAUUUACAAGUUUCAUUGUAAAUAUCUCUGCUAUAGCUUUUGUGUUGUUUUUUGGAAGUGAAAAUCCUGCCUUGGCUGGUUUACUUAUGACAGUUGCAACUGUAAUUGACAAUAGCUUGUAAUCAGCUAUAAAUUCAAUCACUUAAGCAGAAACACAAUUCAUAUCCUUUGAAAGAUGUUUGGCCUUUGCUAAGGUUGAACAUGAAAAUGGGUAUAAAGAAUCCAAGCCUUAUAUCUUGAAUUGGCCUUAAUUUGGAGAUAUUAAAAUAGAUUAACUAGUUGUCAAAUAUAGAGAAAAUCUAUCGCCAGCCUUAAGAGGUUUAAGUGUUAUGAUAAAACGAUAAGAGAAGAUUGGAGUUGUAGGUAGAACUGGAGCUGGAAAAUCUACUGUUACUUUAUCUUUGUUAAGAGUUCUUGAGGCUUCAGGGGGUUCAAUUAUAAUUGAUGGAGUAGACAUAUCAACUUUAAAUUUGAAAUAACUCCGGGAAUCAAUUACGAUGAUAUUAUAAGAUUCCACUCUUUUUGAAGGAAGCUUAAGAGAGAAUCUUGACCCACUCCAUCAGCAUUCAGAUUAAGAACUUAACGAUGUAGCCUUAUAAUGUUGUUUGGGAGACUUACUAUUGUAAAAGAAAGGUUUGGAUACUGAAAUAUCAGAAAAUGGGGAUAACUUGAGUGCUGGAGAGAAACAACUCAUAUCCAUAGCCAGGGCAGUUCUAAAAUAAUCUUAAAUAAUUUUGAUUGAUGAGGCAACUGCCAACAUUGAUAUCGAUACGGAAUCAAAAAUAUAACAGACUAUUUAAACUGCCUUUAAAAAAUGCACAGUGAUAACAAUUGCUCAUAGAAUUAAUACUAUAAUGCAUUGUGAUAAAAUAUUAGUUAUUGACUAAGGCGAGGCCAAAGAGUUCGAUGAGCCCUAAAAACUAUUAGAAGACAAAUCUUCCAUUUUUUAUAGCUUGUAUUUACAAGGAAAAAAAAGUAAUAAAAUUUGA